ACCAUUUUGUAGAAAUUUGCAGAAAAUUAAGCAAAAAAAGCUCCGAAAUUCGAAAAAAAAAUUGAGAUUUUUGUUAAGAUUUUUGGGAAUGCAGAGAGAUGAGAAGUAAUUCGUUUGUUUAUAAUUUUGUUAUUGGUGGCUUAAAGCCCCAGAUUUCAGUUGCCGGAGUUUGCCGGAAUUGUCAUCGGAAUUGUCACCGGAAGCACGUUGAAGACGGGUGAACGUAUACAACGCUUUCAACGAGGCACAUCAUCGAUUUUUUUCAGCGCACCCAUCAAUUUUUUUGCGUAAAAGGUACACUUUUUUCGAAUUUCCUUCGCCGGUGGCCGGAAUUUCGCCGGGAUUGUCACCGUAGACGGUGAACCCAUCGACCUAUUUGCUUUUUCUGAACAAAAAGGACAUACCCUUUUCGAAUUUUAUUCACCGGUGACCGGGAUUGUUACUUUAAACUUGCCGGAAACCUGAAUUCUACUGGAAUCUCGCCGUAUACUACGCCGGAAACGGUGAACCGAUCCACCCACCCCAAUUUUUCAGCUCAAAUACAAAGCCAUUCGGUUUUUUUAGCAAAAAAAACAAAGACCCAAUUCGAAAUUUCUUUGCCGGCUCCGGAAUUGUUACCUUAAACUCGCCAGAGAUGGUGAACCCACCCACCUACCCCAAUUUUUUCAGCACCGAGAUGAACCCUUCUGUUUUCUCUUAGGAAAAAACAACACCCUUUUCAAAUUUCACUCGCCGGAAUUGUCACCGGAAUCUCAUCACCCACCCCCAUCAAUCUUUUUUUCCAUAUUCGAACACCCUUUUCAAUCUUGCUUCAAGAAUCUUGCUCAAAAAAGAUCUGUUUUUUUUUCCUGUGGUGUCUGAGCCAGCUUGCGAUAAUUUUCUAAUGGCGCCGGAAGAAAAAUGUGCUGUUUUGUAUGGUAAAUAUGAGCUUGGUAGAGUUCUUGGUUCAGGUACUUUCGCGAAAGUUUACCAUGCACGUAAUGUAAUAACAAGAGAGAAUUUAGCAAUGAAAGUUGUUGGAAAAGAGAAGGUAAUUAAGGUAGGAAUGAUGGAGCAAAUCAAACGUGAAAUCUCCGUAAUGAAAAUGGUUAAACAUCCAAAUAUUGUUGAGCUUCAUGAAGUCAUGGCAAGCAAAACGAAGAUUUACUUUGCUAUGGAGUUUGUUAAAGGUGGUGAAUUGUUCGAAAAAGUAGCUAAAGGGAAGUUAAGGGAAGAUAAUGCAAGAGGUUAUUUUCAACAGUUGAUAUCUGCAAUUGAUUUUUGUCAUAGUCGUGGUGUUUAUCAUAGAGAUUUGAAGCCUGAGAAUUUGUUGUUAGAUGAAGAAGGUAAUGUUAAGGUAACUGAUUUUGGACUUAGCGCGUUUUCGGAUCAUUUAAGACAAGAUGGUUUGUUACAUACAACAUGUGGAACACCUGCAUAUGUUGCACCAGAAGUGAUUGGUAAGAAUGGAUAUGAUGGUUCAACAGCUGAUAUUUGGUCAUGUGGGGUUAUUCUUUAUGUGUUGCUAGCUGGUUUUUUGCCAUUUCAAGAUGGGAAUAUUAUGGCUAUGUAUAAGAAGAUUCAUAAAGGUGAUUUCAAGUGUCCACCUUGGUUUUCAUCUGAUGCAAGAAAGUUGAUAACAAAGAUGUUGGAUCCGAAUCCGAAUACUAGGAUUACUGCUUCGAAGAUUAUGGAAUCGAAUUGGUUCAAGAAGACUGUGCCAAGGACUUUGAGAACUAAAGAGGAGGAAGAGUUUGGUGUAGAGGAUAAUCAAGAUUGUGUAGGGAAAGCGAAAAAGAUUGAAUCUUUGAACGCGUUUCAUAUCAUUUCAUUAUCGGAGGGGUUUGAUUUGUCACCGUUGUUCGAGGAAAAGAAGAAGAAGGAGAAGGAACAGAUGAGAUUUGCAACAACAAAGCCAGCAAGCAGUGUGAUUUCGAAGCUUGAGGAAGUAGCAAAGACGUCGAAAUUCAGCUUGAAGAGGAGUGAUUCUAGUGUUAGAUUGCAAGGGCAAGAGAGUGGGAGGAAAGGGAAACUAGGAAUUGCUGCUGAUAUAUUUGCUGUGACACCAUCAUUUCUGGUUGUGGAGGUGAAGAAAGCUAGCGGUGACACAUUGGAAUAUAAUCAGUUUUGCAGCAAAGAGCUUAGGCCAGCACUCAAGGACAUUGUUUGGAAAUCAGCACCUGAGAAUUCAUCACUUGCUUGAGUUAUUAGAUUCAUGUGUUUAGGGAGAUUAAGUUUGUUUAGUUUGUUCUUGUUCUUGUUUUUUAGUUUGAGUUAAUCUUGAAAUCGAGACUGAGUCUCUGAAUGAUGUCUGCAUUGAAUUUGUUUAGUUCUGUUCUUGUUCUUGAUGUUAGAUGUUUUCUUGAAAUUCAGACUGAAUCUGAAGUAUGUCUUUUGAA